AUGACUCCCCUAGCAACCAAAAUCUCACGGCCUAAUUUUAGAAUCCCUCUUAACGACGACGUCCAAGAGAAGAGGGGACGACUACACUCGCGAAGAGCCCUCUACGAAAAACAGAUUAACGAACUGCAGGCGGCUGCGGCUACGCCUGCGAAGAAAGUCGGUCACAGACUGGCUGACGGUGAAAAUGGCUCUCCCCGCUCAAACCCCCAUACGCCACGACGCGUUAUGGAUGACGACGACGAUGUCUAUGUAGCCGGUACCAAUACUGGUGUAACGCCCAUGAAGCGUGUGCCCAUUCUGGCCAACUUCGAAGAAUGGAUGAAGAUGGCCACCGAUAACAAAAUCAACGCCACAAACUCUUGGAAUUUUGCUCUUAUCGAUUAUUUCCAUGAUAUGUCCCUGCUGAAAGACGGAGACGGUGUUAACUUUCAGAGAGCAAGUUGCACCUUAGAUGGUUGCGUCAAGAUUUAUACCAGCAGAGUCGACAGCGUAGCCACAGAGACGGGCAAGUUACUAAGCGGUUUAGCCGAUAGCAAUUCCAAGAAAAAGGAUAGAGAAGGUGAUGGUGACGGUGAAGAGAGCGAAGAAGAAGUAGACGAGAACGGCAAUGUAGUCAAGAAGAAGUCAAAGAAGCGGCAACGGUCUUCUGAAGCGACGCUUGCGCCAUCCUUCGCUUCAUUGCAGCUAAAGAAAUUCGAAUUGGAAUUCGCGGUGGAUCCAUUAUUCAAGAAAGCUUCAGCGGAUUUUGACGAAGGUGGUGCUAAAGGUCUCCUAUUGAACCAUCUCAUGAUCGACGGCAAGGGUCGUAUCGUAUUCGACAGUAGCGACGACGCCAAUGACGCUUCUGCAGACGGUAUUAAACCUCGAAGGAGAGAAGAUGUCAACGCCGAGGAUGAGGACGAGGAAGCGGAAGAAGAGCAGGAAGCUACUAUCACAGAACAGCAAGCGGCUCAAGAAGAGGAAGAUGUAGAAAUCGAUAUUGGCGCCCUCGCCGCCAAGUUCUUCCCCGACCUAACUAGAUUAGAUGAGCAAGAUAUAUGCCCAUCACUAAAAACUUUUGAGCUUGGUAACCCAUCAGGUUCUCUGGACAUCCCAUUCCUACGCGCUCUUGAAGAUGAAGAUGAGGAUGAAAGCGGAAGUGGCGGUGUCGGCAACAAGUCUGGGAUGUUUAUUGAUGAUGAUAAUCUCGCCGGCUUUGACGAUAUGACAGCCAUGGGUGGGUUCGAUGUCGCAUUUGGCGAGGGUGGUGAAGCCUGGGCACGAGAAGCUGCGCUGGAACCCCAGAUGCGACCUUACAAAGUUGGAACCGACGACGGAAUGGUUGGGGGUGACGGUGGAGAUGGUGUCGACGGUAUCGACGAGGAGAAUGGUGACUACGUCGUGUCCAUGAAUCAUGCUAAGAGCGCCGAUAAGAUGCACGAAGAUAUCCUAAGUUACUUUGACCAAGCUCUCCAGAAGAAUUGGGCCGGCCCGGAGCACUGGAGGAUACGGAAGAUCAAGGACGCAAAUAAGCCAGAGACGAGCACCCGCCAGCGAAAAGAGAAGGAACCUUUCGAGAUAGACUUUGCGUCCCCCUUGGAUCAGAAACUGGCCGAAACCAUCUUUACCCAGGCGACAAGUAACUCUGCCAUCUCAUUACCCAAGAAGGACUGGAAGUCGAAGACUCGGAAUCUACUCCCCGACGACAAGCACUUCAACUCAACACAGCUUCUUAAUUUAUUCCUCAAACCCAAGGCUCGCUUGAGUCGUCGUAACCGCUUUGGCAACAAGACGGCCUUGUUCGGAAACAACAACCAGCAAGAUAAGAACGUCAUCCCAGGUGAUAUGGACGAAGCCUUCUGGGCGCAAAGGGAACCGAUGCAGAAUGCCGACCAGGAUACCGUCCUUCCUACGGGUGACUACGACGCCAACUUCUUCGAUGACGAGAUGCCGCUACCCGGUGGUGGCAUGCUGGACGAUGAUGACGACGAGUUCGCCGAUGCCAGAGAUCACUUCUCGCCAGGUGCCGACAUCCCCGCUACACAGGACAUCGGCAUUACCGGUAUGCUCGAUAACGGCAUGACGACCGGCGGGUUCGGAACGCAGUUAGUCACAUCCACGCGGCGGUUAAGGCCGGAAUACGUGCAAUAUGCUCGCGUAGCAAAGAAGGUAGACGUACGCCGGUUGAAGGAGGAGCUUUGGAAGGGCUUGGGAUUGCCGGACGUAGAGGAGGAAAGUAACAACACCGGACUUCCUACUCCGGCAAAGGAUCCCGAGAGGAUCAAAAAGGGAGAGGGAGAAACACUCAAGUUUACAGACGUCAUGAACGACCUACAGUCUGUAUAUCCCAGGUCGGUCAUGGACGACAUCUCAACCAGUUUCUGCUUCAUCUGCCUUCUGCAUCUAGCCAACGAAAAGGGACUCGUCAUCGAAAACACACCCGAGCUUCUAGAGCUCGAGAUCAAGAGGGAUUGGUCCGCAGAAGUGACUGGCGAGGCCUGA